AUGCACACGGCGGAAUAUCUUCCUGAACAACCAACCGAGAUCUCCUCGAUCUUGCAAGGUGGAUACAACCACCCGCUGCUUCGUUCGUGGCAGCACGAGAGACAGCUCACCAAGGACAUGUUCAUUUUUCCGCUCUUUGUCAGCGACAAGGAAAACGAGGAAGAACCAAUUCCUUCUCUUCCGAACAUCAAGAGAUUCGGCGUCAACAAGCUGAUUCCAUACGUUGGUGGUCUGGUGAAAAAAGGUCUCAAGGCAGUCAUUUUGUUUGGUGUCCCUUUGAAAGAAGGUGUCAAGGAUCCUGUUGGAACUGCCGCAGACGAUCCAAACGGCCCUGUGAUCAUGGCAAUCAAGGCCCUCAGAGCAGCCUUCCCUGAACUGUACAUUAUGUGCGAUGUUUGUCUUUGCGAGUUCACGUCGCACGGCCACUGUGGUGUCUUGUACGAGGACGGCUCCAUCAACACAAGACUCUCUGUCCGCAGAUUGGCUGCCGUGGCCGUCAACUAUGCCAAAGCAGGCGCAAACUCGGUCGCUCCUUCCGACAUGGUGGAUGGCCGUGUGAAAGCCAUCAAACAGGGUCUGGUCGACGCCGGCCUGGCCCACAAGACGUUUGUCAUGUCGUACUCCGCCAAAUUUAGUGGAAACCUUUACGGACCUUUCAGAGACGCAGCCUGCUCGAGUCCUGGUCAGGGUGAUAGAAAAUGCUACCAGCUUCCUUCUGGAGGAAAAGGUCUGGCCAGAAGAGCUCUGCUCAGAGACAUCUCUGAAGGUGCUGACGGUAUAUUGGUGAAACCAUCUACCUUCUACCUCGAUAUUGUCAAGGAGGCAAGCGCCAUCUGUCAGGACUAUCCUGUUGGUUGCUACCAUGUCAGUGGAGAAUAUGCCAUGUUGCACGCCGCAGCAGAGAAAGGAGUGGUUGACCUGAAAACCAUUGCCUUUGAAGCCCACUAUGGGUUCCUCAGAGCCGGAGCCCGGAUCAUCAUCUCUUAUUUCACGCCAGAGUUCCUUGAAUGGCUUGAUGAACCUGUUCCAAUGUAA